AUGGGCUUCUUCACUGCAGGCCUCGGGAGCAUCUGUGAGGCAUAUUACUGCCUGGGCGGGAGCUGGUGCGUAAUUGACCCGGUGGCACUUGCGGUGGAUAAGUCAGCGUGCACGUUCCCUGUAGCGCAAGCUUUGCCAAUGCCCCAGAAAUCCUUGCACAACCCUGCAGGUGAACUAGGCCGCCGUCAGCAUGGCAACGCAUGCAAUGUGGACGCGUUCCUAUUGGGGCCAGGCACAACCCUCGAGUCCCACCUGGCGCAGUAUUGCAGCGGCGAAGGCCUGCUACUUGUCUCUCUGGAGCCUUCUCCGCAGUCCCUCCCGCGCACCGGUGUCGUUCUGCUUGUCUGGCAGCCCCAGGUGCCGCAAGACAUCGUCCAGGCGUGUUCUGCCCUGCCGCCCUGCCUGACGGACGGCACCAGCAUCAGGGGCCUGCUGCUCGUAGAUGCCUCCCCAAGCCUCACCCUCUCUGUGACGCACAAGGCGCUGGAGAGUGCUGGACUUCACAUCCUGUCCCGAAAGCCUACAGUGGUGGCCACCCGCACGGCCCAGGCACCCCAGGCUGCCAUGCAGGCGCUGCAACAGCUCUCCGACGCGCUCCCUCCUCCCCUGGCGCCAACAGGGUGGUCGCUAACGCCUGGGAGUGUUCGCAUUGCGGUUGCGCGCGAUGACGCCUUCGCUCCCUGCUUCCACGAGAACUUGACGCUGCUUAACCAGAGCGGCGCCCAGCUGCUAUUUUUUUCGCCGCUCUAUGACGCGGCGCUGCCUGCGGGCGCAACCUGUCUGUACCUGUCCAGCGGUCCCUUGGAACCGGAGCGCUGGCAGCAGCUGGCCGCCAACCGGGCACUGUUGGGCGCCGUCCGGGCGUUCUGUGACGCGGGGGGGAUGGUGCUGGCGGAGGGCGCUGGCCUGCUCUAUCUGUCGCGGACGAUUGAUUUAAACGAAGACGAGGGCAGCAGCAAAACCUGCGUACACGAUAUGGCGGGCGUGCUGCCCUUCAAGGCGCGCCUGCUGGCGGACGCGCAGACCGCCUCGGUGCAGGUGCUCGUGACGGCCGGUAACCCGCUGCUGCCUGAGGGUAGCCGACCGCGUGGCUACCUAAGCGCACAGGCCAGCAUCGUCAUAGUGGAGGAGCGCCAGCUGCACAACCUGUUCCUCGGUGCCACCGGCGAGCUUAGUGCCGGCAAAGCCGUAGGCCCGCAACUGAACACCACAUAUGAGGUGACGGUCAUACCAGAAGAACCACAGUCACGAACCGCGGAUGGGUCAUUGGUGUCUGCUGCGGGACCCGGUGCUAACGGGUCGAGGAAGGACGGCAAGGAAGGGGGGACGGCGCUGCCACCCCCGUCCCUGGAGGGUUAUACGCUGCAUAACAAUGUAUUGGCGAGCAGCUGUCUGCUGUUCCUCCCCUCGGAGCCAGGUCUGGCGUUGCACUGGCUGCAGCGCUGCACCUGCCUUGACCCGGCGGCGCUGGCAGCGGGCAUGGCGCAGCACGUGAGCGGCUCAAUGGCAGCUGCAUCGGCUGCGGGAAUAGCGGCCACCGCGAAAAAGGUGCAUUUGCAGUCGGCUUUGGGAUCUGCGGCAUGUAGUCGCGCGGGGUCGCGGCGGCAGAGCAUACACGAUGUUUCGGCACUGCCGGCGGCCUACGCCAGCAACGGCGGCAUCAGCGCCGGCAGCUCAUGUGGCAUGCUGGCAGGGCUUGAGGGUUGGGGAGCUCACUUGCAUCAACAUCAUGCACACCACCUAAACUCCAUAUCGCAGCAGCAGCACCAGUACCACCACCUCCAAGGCACACAGUGCCACCAGCCGCAGGCCGCCAAGCCCCUUUCAGCUGCCGGGUGCCUGGGCUACGGCCAGGGCAGUGCAGCCUGCGGUGGAAACGGGUGUGAAGGACUGUGCCCAAGCCCGCUCACGCGGCUGUCCUCCAAUACCAGCAGUGCCACCGGUGCAUCGCACCUGGGCCUGGUGGCGCCAGCCCGGCGUAGCCUGUGCGGUGUAGACGGUCGCUUGCCCUUAGUGGCCCCGCCGCAUGAAAGCGUCCCAGGGUGCGCUCGUGGUCUAGAUCUGCAGAGCGCGUCCCCGCACACGACGCCUUUUCCUCAGAAGCAGCAGAGCCGCGCUUCUCCUGUCCCAUGGGCCCGGCAGGAUAGUAUCGUGGAAGGGCCCCGGGUGGCUCAGGAGGACGGGUUAGCAGCCCAGCAGGAACAAGCGGAGCACCAUCAUCACAACAACCAGCGGACUAGUAGCGGCAUGCAAUUGACGGCUUCGGCCAAUGUGGCGCCGCGGGACGCCACGCAGCACAACCUCAAUGUUCCUGAUAAGCGGGGCACGGCAUCAGCGGUAAAUGCGCCGAUCUCCGAACCUGGCUCGCCUCAGUGCCCUCGUGAGGCUACCUGCGCAGCGACGGGCUGUGGAGGCGACCUUAAAUGCACCUGGGCUAUGGAGCGCGGCGACGGAAUUGAGCGCGCGCGCGGCAGCAGCACCGCCCUCGGCCCCACGGACUUACCCGUUGUGCUCCAACCCGGCGUGCAUCACUCUGUAAGCGGGGGCUCAUUUCCUGGAUGCGGCCCUGUGGGCUCGUCAACCUGCAGCCUAUCAGACUUGGCCCACCAACAGCGCCCCCACAAUCGUUGCCGGGUCGAGGACCUUGCCGUGACGGGGCCAACCUGCGGGCCCGGGUAUGUCGGAUGGGCCACCGGCAUGGGCCCGACUGCUGGUGUGGGUGCCGCUGGGCCAGGCCUUGUACCCGCAGGAGUCCGCCACGGCUCGGUCAUGAUGUUGGGGCAUCUUGGCACUGCGGCUGCUGUCGGCCACAACGGCGUGGUGUGCUGCGCACCUGGUGCGUGCGAGGCGCUAGUGGCGAUGGGCCUUGCGAGCCGGCUGAUUGGCAUUGGCUCAAACUGCGACCACCCACCCGAUGUGUGCACCAGCCGUCGCGUGGUGCUGGGCUGGGUGCCGCAGGACGAAGCACCGCAGGGCGCGGCCGCGAGAGGCAUCCGUGUCGUCAUGCCAGGCGGUGCCACGAUGGGCCCUGUAGUCAGCGGGGCAUCGUUAUCGUUGGGCCUCGGCGGCGGUGGCGGCGGUGCGAGCCGCAGUGGGCGUACGUCUGUGGACCGUUGUGGUGCUGUGAGGUGCGGGCGGGCUCUCUUGGUUGAUGAGCUUGCUCUGCGGCAAGAGCCACCAAGCGUGUUGGUGCUCCCAGACCCUGCGGAGCUAUCGGAGGGAGAGCUUGAACAGCUGGAGCAGGCACUUGUCGAGACGGGCCUGGUGAAUCCCAGCGGGAGUUCGAGCAGUACGUGCCGUGUCCUGCACACGAGCUGUCGUACGCUCGUGGAUGUAAUGGACCUGAUAAUGGAGCUCGGGGCUGCACUGGACGAGCCACAGGCGGCGUCUUUGUUGCUUGAGAGACUGCAGACGAGGAUUCGCCGUGUCGUGGCAGCUGCCGCGGCAGCAGGAUCCCCUGCCCGUCUGCCGCCGUCCUCCGUCACGCCUGUCGUCGGGGCUUCGCCCGCGGCACCCCUCACGCCCAGGUGGCCCCGAGUGUUGGUUCUGCAGUCCCUGCAGCCACUGGUCGAGCCGGGCAGGUGGGUACCGGAGAUGCUGGCGAUGGCGGGCGCCACGUCCUGUAUGACGCAGGCCGGCGGCCCGGACGUGGCGCUGAGCUGGCAGGACAUAAGGGAGCGGGCCGCGCCCGAUGUGCUCGUUAUUCUCACCUCGCCUGGGGAGGGGGUAGCAGGAGACGCCAGAGGAGGUGGAGGCGGAUCGAGCGGGGGUCCCUCUAGCGCCCUGCACGACCAGCUUGCGGCACUGGCAGCGCAGCCGGGUUGGUGGUGCCUGCCGGCGGUGCGUGUGAGCCAGGUGUACCUAAUGCAGCCAUCGUACUGUGUACGGCCAGGACCUCGGCUGGUGGACGGUCUGGAGCUGCUGGCGCGGCUGUUAAUACCUGGGCAGUACAGCAGCAGUCGCAAGGUGCCGGCGGGUGCGGUGAUGCGGCUGUCCUUGGCAGCGGGUCAGCGAUGCCGCGCCACACUGCUGCCAAGCUAUUUCGUGCCUAUAACAUUUAACUAAAUUACGCAGUGCGGAUAACUUAAUUGUAAGGAGGCGUGCAGCAAUGCAAGUUUAGGAGUGUUGUACGCGUAUUGCAGAUAGAAAGCGCGGGGUAACGCUGUGGGCGGGGCAGACUUGCAGGUAGGCGGUUGGGCGAUUGUUUCUCUAUAUAUCGUUGACGGAGUUGACCGUGAUGUAGGUUUGCCGGCUGUGACGUAGGAGGAGCAAGAACUAUAGUAAUAGUGAUCACUGUUCAAGGUAUUUCUGUUUUCCUUUCGCCGCUGUAUGGUGUGCACCGUGUGAGAGUAGCGGGUAAGGGUUGAAACGGUCACCGUUGAUUGACGUUGGAGAGAGUCCGUGUACAGCAGAAAGACUGUGGGAUGCAAUUAACUUAUUUCGGUUUCAUUCAUUGGUGUCUUAUUCUGCACAACGCAUUCGUAAAAUGUUGGCAACGGCGGUGGCUUCCGUCCUGAGACCCCUCGCUGCUGCCGUUGUGUCAACUAGUGUCCGUUCCGUUGUCAGAGGAGCUUCUUACAUUCCCAUUGUAAUAGAGCAAACAAAUCGAGGAGAGCGCGCUUACGACAUCUUUAGCAGGCUAUUAAAAGAGCGAAUCGUCAUCGUGAACGGGGCAAUCGAUGACAAUACUAGUAACUCGGUCAUCGCCCAGCUCCUAUUCUUGGAAAGCCAGGCGCCGGACAAGCCAAUCACGAUGUACAUCAACAGCCCGGGAGGCGUCGUGACAGCCGGCCUGGCCAUUUACGAUACCAUGCAGUACAUUCGCUGCCCGAUCAGCACUCUGGUUGUGGGACAGGCGGCCUCCAUGGCUUCACUGCUGCUGACCGCUGGGGACAAGGGACAUCGGAAAAGCCUGCCACACGCGCGCAUCAUGCUGCACCAACCGCUGGGCGCCGCUGAGGGACAAGCGACGGACAUUAUGAUCCGUGCGCAAGAGAUAAUGCGCAUGAAGGAGACGCUCACCAGCCUUUACAUUCGACACACAGGGUGCACGCGGGAGAUGGCGGAGAAGACACUGGAUCGUGACUCGUUCAUGUCACCGGCGGAAGCCAAGGAGUGGGGCUUGAUUGACGAAAUCCUCGUGGAGCGACCGGCAUCUGAUGUACACAGCUGACGGCGCUGCUGGUGCGCGGAUGAGGGCUUGCAGGGAACACACGGCGCCAAUUUUAAGCGGGAAAUGUGAAUGCUGGAGUUGCACGGCGUGUUACCAAGGGGAAACUGCAAAAUGGUUGGGACCAGAGUUGAGGAUCAGAAUAAAUAACGGCGGGUUACCACGAAGCAGGGAAGGUUUGGUGGUGAAGCGCCAAUUUGGACGUUACGUGUAUCAGAAUGUCCGUAUGUUAAGUCCAAUUUCCCUGAAAAGAGCGCACGCUUGGAUUUGUUAAUCAAGCCCGUUCCC